UAGGAAGGCCCAAAAAAAGCCAGUUGAAAAGUGUUGGUACCAGAGAAAAAGAAUGGAUCAAAAGUUCCACCAUAUAGAAGAUGAGGUACCAAAAAAGUAGAAAGGAAAGUAGUGAAAAAAGAAUAAAAAUGAAGGGAGAGCAUAAUUAUAGAGAACAGACUGGGGGGAAGCGCAAGAAAGUAGAAACAAGAAACAAGAAAAGAGGAAGAGAGAUGAGAGAAAGCAAAGGUAAAUAUUAAUGGCGAAGAUUUGUGUGGUGGCAGAGUGACAGAUGCAGAUAAUCAAGUUGGCAUCUAUAUUUAACGCAGAAGGGUAGGUUUGAAUGUUAAAUAAGGCUUUCAAUAUAUCCAAUUCUCCCUUCUCUCCUCUUUCUUCUAUUGGGGCUACCUAUUAAACCCUCUUUCAUUUCAUGGUGUCUGCCCAAAAUAAACACCUUCACCCUCAUCAUCAUUACCUCUCCAUAGCUUCAGUAAUUUCAGCUGCAUUUUUGGUUUUUUUUUUUUCUCUUUUGCCGUCAGAGAGUCAACUUUCAAUAUUUUCACACACACUCACAUAGUGACAAAAUUUAAGGCGCUUCUGCCAUUGUGUUAAGUUAUUACAAGCUAGCCAGGAAAACGAAAACAAAACAAUCAUGUUGAUCCUGUUCCUGGAGCUGUAACUUUUAUUUGCUGUUUCAGUUUGGUUAAUUAUCCCUUAUUAUUAUUAUUAUUAUUAUUAUUAUUAUUAUUAUGAUCUGCUGGAGUCUGCAUUGAAUCAGAGAGAGAGAGAGAGAGAGAAACAAAGAGAGGCGUGGGUUAAGGGUCAUUUUCCGCAGUUGCAUUUGUUGGGGCCGUUUUUUGGGGGGUGUUUAUAACACCAGAGGAAGAAGUACUUACGACAUAUUAGUGUGUGAGUGUGUGUGAAAUGGUUUUGUAGUUUUUUUUUGGCACUGAAUGAAUGAAAUGGCGACUUCUUUAGUUGGGAAAGGUAGAGAUCAUCAUCAUCAUCAUCAGUUUUCUUCGCUUCUUCUUCUUCUUCUUCUGUUGUUCUUCUUCUGCCCAGAUGCUCUUGCGGAUUCAACCAGCUCCAACUUCACUACAGUCAAACAAGUUAGUAGCUUGAGAAUGGCUAGGAUUCAUCGACAUUUGAACAAGAUCAACAAGCCUGCUGUCUUAACCAUUCAGAGCCCUGAUGGAGAUAUCAUUGAUUGUGUUCAUAAAAGACACCAGCCAGCUUUGGAUCAUCCUCUUUUGAAGAAUCACAAGAUCCAGAAAAUUCUACCGGAGUUUCCAAAGGCGAAGAACAUGGUGAAGGUAGAUGGAUUGAUGAAUGCGGAGAAAAAUGUGAAUAGUAGUAACAAUAGUGAGAACGAUAAUAAUUUGAGAAGUCGGGCAUGGCAAAUGUGGCACCACAGUGGGCAAAGAUGUCCUAAAGGAACUAUUCCGAUUCGACGAAGCACUGCAAAUGAUGUGUUGAGAGCAAAAUCCCUGUAUGAUUUUGGGAAGAAAACCCGCAGCCUUAGAAUGUCAACUGAGAGACAAAAGGAUGCUCCUGAUGUUGUUAGUGUCAAUGGACAUGAGCAUGCGAUAGCGUAUACGGGAGCGUCGCAAGAGAUAUACGGAGCAAAAGCGACGAUAAAUGUGUGGGACCCGGUGGUAGGGGUGGUGGACGAGUUCAGCCUAUCCCAGAUUUGGGUGCUUUCUGGAACCUUUGACGGCUCAGAUCUCAAUAGCAUCGAAGCUGGCUGGCAGGUUAGUCCGGUGCUUUAUGGUGACUUCAAGCCCCGAUUAUUCACUUACUGGACGAGCGAUGCAUACCAAGCAACCGGAUGCUACAACCUCUUAUGCUCGGGAUUCGUGCAGACCAAUAGCAGGAUUGCUAUUGGCGCUGCUAUCUCUCCGAUUUCCGUUGCCAAUGGCAAUCAAUAUGAUAUCACCAUCCUCAUUUGGAAGGUUCAUCUCUAAUUUCUUUACAAAAUUUUACCGCAUGGUCAUUGAUAUUCAUACUUUUGUGAGUUUUUGUUAGCUUCUUAACAUGAACACUUUCCCACCAAAAACAAUGAAUUAAAAUUACAGGACCCAAAAUUAGGGAAUUGGUGGAUGAGCUUCGGAGACAACACAUUGGUGGGUUACUGGCCCGCGGAGCUGUUCACACACUUAGCAGACCGGGCUACCAUGGUAGAAUGGGGAGGAGAAGUGGUGAAUUCAAGGGUUUUCGGUAAACACACAACAACCCAAAUGGGCUCGGGCCAUUUCGCAGACGAGGGGUUUGGAAAAGCGAGCUAUUUCAGGAACCUUGAGAUUGUGGACUCAGAUAAUAGCCUUACCACGGCCCAAGAUAUAACAACGCUUGCUGAGAACAGCAAUUGUUACAACAUCAAGAGCUCCAACAACAAUGAAUGGGGAACUCAUUUUUACUAUGGAGGCCCUGGCAGAAGUGAUAUUUGCCCUUGAUGACGAUGAUGAUGAGAUGAGUCUCUUCAAUUCCAGUACAUUAUUUAAAUGUCGUAAAAAAACAAAAAAAAAAGGGGGGGAAAAAAUUUGUUCCCAAAUAGUAGGUAUUAGAGAAUUUAGAAAGUAUGCUAUUUCCGACCAUUGUUUUCUGCAAUCUAGCGGAAUUAGUUUUGUCCAUUCUGUCCGAUUUGUUGAGGUUCUGAAAGAAAGCGUGUAUGUAAUUGACCGUAAUGAUCAGACAUCAGCAUCAAACAAGUGAGGAAAUAGCAUUUGUUAAUUCUGUUGAUGAUAAUCACCAAAUUAAUGGCACUCUGAAUCUACAUUGCAUUUUAUUGAAAAUCUAUUGUUUAUUACACUUA